AUGCGGCAGUUUGGCAUCCUGCUAUUCGAGAUCCUCACGGGCGACAGGCCGUUUGCAAACUUCCCAAACGCGCUGCUCGGCCACGCGGUCGUGGUGUGUGGCAAGCGGCCCGCGUGGCCGGCCAGCCUGGGGCCCGACUUUUCGGGGGCGAAGCAGCUGGCAGACGAGUGCUGGCGCCCCAACCCUCAGGCCAGGCCCUCCUUUAGGGACGUAGUGGCGCGCCUCGAGACCCUGCACGCCGCCGCCGCCGCGGACAGCGCGGGCGCGGCCUCCUGCUUCGAAGACCCCCGCGGCUCCGCGUCGGCGCCGGCUGCGCCCGACAUCGCGCUGCACGUGCACCCGCACGUCUGCGGCGCCGGCCGCGGGACCGAGCUGACCCAGAACCGCGUCCACGCACUCGGCAGCAGCGAGGCGCCGCCUGUUGGCGCGUACGUGCUCACGACGCCGUUCGCCGCCGGGUCCGGCUCGGACGACGGCAGCAACCGCAACGGCGUGACGGGGUGGUUCUGA